AUAAAAUCAAGUAAAAUUUAUAAAUUUGGUUGAAAUGAGUUCUUAAGAACAAGUUUCAUCGAAAUUUCAAAAAUCAGGAAAAAGAGAUGCAACUCAAAUAUUAAAAGAAACCACUGAGUCACCCACCAGAGCUGCGUAGUACAAAAAAAGUUUAAAUAAUUUUGAUCGCAAUAUCCCAAUUCCAUUUACUUGUGAAGAAACUUUGGCUUUUAUGGUACAAAACACAUUAACCAAACAACAGUACAUAAAUAUUAGACUUGAAUCAAAAAGACGUAAUUGUGAUAUAUAUCCGCCAUAUGAAUACAUUGUUAAUGCUAAAAAAGAAUGUUAUCCAGAUAAUUUACAUGUGUCUGAAACCAAUUGUUUUAUUCCAAUACAAGAUUUAUUUAAUCAUACAACUCAUAGAAUUUUUAAAAUAUCAGGGGUACCUAAAGUAAUUGAAAUGCAAAUGAAAAAAUUUGAAAUCAUUUACAAAUGGGGUUGCGAUGGUAGUAAUGGCCAAUCACAGUACAAAGUCAAGCUUAGCACUUCAACUUCUGAUUCGGAUUGUAGUUUUUAUGUUUUAUUUAGUACCAUUACAGCUACAUGGAUUUAAAGAUGACAAAAUUAUUGAUUUGGAAAAACCCUCGCCCGUCAUCAACCAAAUUUUGUCGGCCAAUCAAGUUUACAUACUAGAAAGAGACUAUAGAAAAUACGAAACAAGAAGUAAGGGAUAUUGAAGACCAAUUGAAAAAUGUCAUACCCACUGAUAUAAUACUUGAAGGCAGAAAUAUUCAA